CCAACAGAUUCAGAUAUCCAUCUUCUCCAGAACCAUCUUCACGAACAGGAACCAUCUUCACGACCAGAUCGUUCCUCUUCUCCAGAACCAUCUUCACGAACAGAUCGUUCGUUCCUCUUCUCCAGAACCAUCUUCAUGAACAGAUUGAUAGAACCAUCUUCACGAACAUGCUCCAGAACCAUCUUCACGAACAGAACCUAGAUCGAUAUCAACAGAAACAUCAUCGUCUACCCGAACCCACAACAGAUACGAUAUUGUAUAAGUAUUAUGUUGUUGAUGCUGGAUAUCCAAAUACUAAAGGUUAUCUUGCCCCAUACAAAGGAACAAAUAUUCGUUAUCACAUACUUGAUUUCCGUCGCGGACAAACUGCAGCAACACGUGCUCCCAAAGGAGCAAAAGAGACAUUUAAUUAUUAUCACUCAUCACUAAGGAAUGUUGUUGAACGAACUUUUGGAGUAUGGAAAGCUAGGUGGCAAAUACUAAAAGAUAUGCAUGCCAAUUACACCUAUGAGACACAAGUAAAUAUUGUGCUAGCGUCGAUGGCAAUUCACAAUUAUGUUAGAAUGAACGGAAGUUUUGACGAAGCAUUUGACAUGGCUCAACAAGAAUCAUACAACCCUCAUAUUGAUAUUGAUGAUGAAGGAUGUGGUAGCAACAAUGAAGCACAUGAAAACACAAGUUUUCGUCGUAGGAGUGACGAUCUAUAUAUGAGUGUUGUAAGAGAUAUGAUUGCAGGAGAUCUAAUAGGUAGAUCCAGAUGAAUAUUUAUUAUAAAU